AUGGCAUUGACUGAAGACCUUUGUCCUGUAUGGGCCGGCUUUAUUGGCUUUCUUGGCAUUGCUAUAGCUCUUGGAGCCACAGCAAUUGGUUCAGGCUACGGAACUGCUAAGUCUGCUAUUGGUGUUUUCGCUGCAUGCUCUAUUCAUCCAGAAUUUAUUUACAAAGGACUUAUGCCAGUUAUUAUGGCUGGUAUUGUCGGUAUUUACGGGUUAGUCGCGGCUGUUAUUAUGAACACAAGAGUUAUAGAAACAAGCGAUCGAUCUUUCCAUCAAUUCAAUGCAUAUGCUAUUCUCUCAUGUGGACUUUCUGUCGGCCUUUGCGGUAUCGCUUCUGGCUGCUGCAUUGGUGUUGCUGGUGAUGCUGCUUGCCGUGUUUUAGGUGAAAAGCCACAACUUCUUAUGGGUGCUAUGCUUGUCCUCAUUUUCGGAGAAGUUCUUGGUCUUUACGGUUUCAUUGUUGCUUGCAUUAUGUCAGGCAAAGAUGAUACAAGAAAAGACUGCACUCAUGCCCUCAGAUAA